AAUCUCAACUUUCUAAAAAAACAUUGAAUGAAAUAAAGAGUAAUAUUUUAGAUAAUGAUGACUAUAUUGAUAGUAGUGAUGAUAUAGAUGAAUUUAUAGUAAAUUUAAAUCCAAUUUCUGAAAAAUUAAUAGAUGAUAUUCAUGUAUUUGAUGUAAAUAGUGAGGAAAUCAUUCCAGCACUUAAAAAUAUAUUUGAUUCUAAGGCUGUUGAAAAAUCGUUAAAUUUUUACAUUAAUUAA